AUGCACCUGCCCGUAGUUCUAGUACUGGUCCUGUUUGCAGUGCAGGCAUAUACUGCUAGUCUUAGUAACCCGCACAUAGGAGUCGUCGUACCACAUCAAUAUAUCGUCGUUCUCAAGGAUGGCUUUAGUUCUACGGCUCGUGACACCCUCGUCGAGAGUCUACAGAAGAACUAUGACGUAGAAAUUAGGAAACGAUUCUCACAUGUUAUGUCUGGAUUUUCGGCGACGAUGAAUAAACGUGCUGUAAUAAAGGUCAUGGAAUUAGACGAGGUUAAGUAUGUAGAAGAGAUCGUUAUUGGUGGUAUUACGGAAGUAGCUAGUUGGGGAUUGGAUAGAGUUGACGCUAGGACUGGACUUGAUGACCGAUAUAAUCCAAAAUAUAGCGGUGAGGGCGUAUCAGUUUAUGUGCUGGACACCGGAAUACGACAAACACACAAUGACUUUGGUCGGCGUGCAGCGUAUGGUUAUGACGCUGUUGAUGACGACUUCGAGUCUGAUGACUGUCAUGGCCAUGGCACUCACUGCGCAGGUACAACAUCAGGUACUGAAUACGGUGUCGCAAAACUGAGCAACGUUUACGGCAGCCGUGUUGUCAAUUGUCUUGGUAUUGGACCAAUUGAUUGGGUUAUCGCUGGUAUGGAUUGGGUUCUUGCUGAAGGGAUAAGACCAGCUGUUUUGUCCAUGUCGUUGGGAUACCCUCGAAGUCAGGCGUUAGAUGACGCAGUAGCAAGAGUGAACUCUGGAGGUUUCACCGUGGUCGGUGCUGCUGGUAACGGUGACAACGAUGCGUGCCUGUACUCACCAGCAGGAGCAGAAGAUACGUAUACAGUUGCAGCAACAGAUGAUAAUGACAUCAGGGCUUACUUCUCGAGCUAUGGUUCCUGCGUCAGUAUCUUCGCACCUGGUGUUGAUAUUGUAAGUGCUGGUCACCUCUCAGAUGACGACGAAGCUAUAAUGUCUGGAACUUCAAUGGCGACACCACAUGUUGCAGGCAAAAUGCGCCAGUCAUUGGCCCUAGUUCUGGUCCUGUUUGCAGUACAGGUGUAUACUGCUAGUCUUAAUAACCCUCACAUAGGGGUCGUCGUACCACAUCAAUAUAUCGUGGUUCUCAAGGACAGAUAUCACUCCGCUGCUCGUGACGUACUUGUGGACAGUCUGCAGAGGAAUUAUGACAUUGAAAUAAGGAAAAGAUUCUCACAUGUAUUUUCUGGAUUUUCAGCGACGAUGAGUAAACAUGCUGUAGAAAAGGUGAUGAACUUGGACGCAGUUAAGUAUGUAGAAAAGAUUGCUAUGGGCGGGAUUACGGAAGUAGCUAGUUGGGGACUGGACAGAAUUGACGCUAGGACUGGACUUGAUGAUCAAUAUAAUCCCAAAUAUAACGGUGAGGGCGUAGCAGUUUAUGUGCUGGACACUGGAAUACGAAAAACACACAAUGACUUUGGUGGUCGUGCAGAGUACGGUUAUGACGCUGUUGAUGAUGACUUUGUGUCUGAUGACUGUCAUGGCCAUGGCACUCAUUGCGCAGGUACAACAUCAGGUACCGAGUACGGUGUCGCAAAAUUGACCAAUGUUUACGGCAGCCGUGUUGUCAACUGUCUUGGUGCUGGACCAACAGACUGGGUUAUCGCAGGUAUGGACUGGGUACUCGCUGAGGGCGAAAGACCAGCUGUAGUAUCCAUGUCAUUAGCGUACCCUCGCAGUCAGGCUGUAGAUGAUGCAGUAGCUAGACUAACCUCUGGAGGUGUCACCGUAGUCGCUGGUGCUGGUAAUGAUGACAACGAUGCAUGUCUUAGAUCACCAGCUGGUGCAGUAGAUACUUAUACAGCGGGAGCAACUGACAACAAUGACGUCAGAGCUUAUUUCUCUAACUAUGGUACCUGUGUUGAUAUAUUUGCACCUGGUGUUGAUAUUGUAAGUGCUGGUCACCUGUCAGAUGACGACGAAGCAACGAUGUCUGGAACUUCAAUGGCGACACCCCAUGUUGCAGGCGCCGCUGCUGUCGUCCUGGAAGAAAAAUCUUCAAGAACACCAGAAGAAGUCAAAGCAAGACUUACAGAACUAUCCACAAAAGAUAUUGUCGUGGAUGUAAUGGGUUCUCCAAACCGUCUACUGUAUGUUGAACCUGUCGCGUGAACAAUUAAAUUAAAUAAACGUAAACAAUAGCUUCCAAAAUUAA